AAGAAGAAGCAGAAGCUGGACUCCAGGUUCCAUGAUGCCUAGCGACCGACGGUUGGUCAGUGCGGUUGCAGGCGGGAGCAGGUUCCUGUCGUUUAUUUAGAUGUUAACGUUAGAGCUCUUCCUCAGUCGGUUGAAGUGUCUUGUCUGUGGUUAUGGACGGACUUCUGGCUCCUCACCAUGAGAAAAACAACAGAAAACCCCGGAAACGUUCGGGCACCUGCGGAAUACAUGUCCCCGAGGAGUAAAGUGAAGGACCUCACAAUUCAGCAACAUUCCACUCCCCAUGACGCGUCUUUUCACCAGGAGACUCUAAUGAAGCCCUCUCAGAUGCCUAAUCAGCUGUCUCACCCACCACCCAAGAGAGUGUUGCCACCUCAGAGCCCUGAGCUGUACCAAAUGGAUAGAUUGGGUCCACGUCAGCCCUCUUCUCAUCACCUGGGACCAAUCCAUGCAUCAGACAGCCCAGCUAAUGUUGGAAACCCAACAAUUAGGCCCCAUCACACGCCAAGGGACCGACUGGGUCCACCACAGCCCUCUGCUCAACCUCCAGGGCCCUUCUGCUCAUCACAUAUUGUUCCAGUUAGCCCAACAGACGGUGACAUGUCAGCAAAUAGUUCACAGCCCGCGCCUCCUGGUAUCUUUCACCAUGCUUCCCCUCACUUUAUGAGAGAUUUAAGCAAUUACACUCUGUCCUUCCACAUCAGGAGAGAUGAAUUAUCUGAAACCAAGGCCAGGUUGUCACAUUCAGGAAGCAGAAAUGUCAAGAAUCAAGAAUCAAACAAGGCUCAAUCCAGUGACAUGAAGAGUCCCGUACCAGCUGUCAAGCUGAACAGGCGCCCAGUGACCCCAUCACUUAACACCAGAACAGCUGAAGAAGUUCUCCCACAGCCCGUCUCAGACUCAGUGCCCCGGAGUCCUGCUUACAGCCACUCAACUCCACAUGGCUACCAGUCUUCUCAGAAUACCCACUCUUGUGAAAGAAGUAGUUCCAGUGUAUCGAUCACGAACAGCCCUGCAGCCCCUUGCCAGGACCAGCAACAAAAAGAAACGCCUUCAUGUAUUAAGUUACUUCCAGUAUUCAUCUGCUCAUCAUGGAAGAGGUCCAGAGAGCUUGAGGACUGUGACCACAAUGCCAAGAAACUGUGUAUUCCGGGUGGAAAAUCUGGAGAAGCACACACACCAACACCCACUGAUAACAACUCAGUCAGAACUCCCCCAGUGUCUCCAUCAAGGCCGUCUUCCUCCACAGAACUGCCAUUUGAAACCACAGAUAACCAUCAGUCAUCAGAGCUGGCAUGUGAAGAGCCUUCUUGUUUGGAACUGUCGUCGACAUUUACAACCACCCAGUCAUCCUGUGCAUCAAUGUCACUCAAACGACCACCAAUUGGGGCAAAGCAGGCUAAUAUAAGUUCCACUCAGGAUUCUAUUCUGAAGUUAAACGAGUUUAGGUCGCCUUCAAAUCCCGCUGAAGAGAGUUUACAAAAAAAUGAAGAGAAAAACAAUAAUACAAAUAUAUUGGGCUUUUUAUUAUCCCCUGAGGUCCCCCAAAGGCUCACUCAUAGUUUACCUCAUGUGCACCGCAGCAACUCAGUUUCAUCAGUCAAGACAGGGAGAAGCAAGAUGCACAGGAGCUCUCCCAAAUCCGAAUCGAAACUAUAUUCAGGUUAUGGUCGCUCGGUAGAACGAAAUAAAAUUGCCCGCUCACGAAGGCCUGUUGUAAUUAUUGAUGAUACAGUUGAGCUCUUUACCCCCGAUCCAAUGACUUAUGUAGUCAGUGCUAAGCCCAAGAAAGAUGGGGAAAAGAUCAAAUCACCCACCUCAGAGAAAAUUUUGUCAUCCAGCUCUGCAGUAACUGGAUCCUUGUGUCGCAAGACUCCAGAAAGUAGUUUUACUCAUGCAGAGGACACCAAAAUCUCUUCUUCAGGAGGUAACCCACAAUUCGCCUUGCCCACUGUAGCUUUAGAGCGAUUAAAACUUGAAAAUAUAGUCUCCUCUUGUCCUAAAGACAGGGAACUCAAAAACAGUUUUAUCACUUCCUCUGGGAAGAGGCUCAAUGAAGAACCUGUUAAAUCUGGUGGGAAACGCACCGUCAAGACUGUAACUACUGCUUCCGAACGAACGUCUAUUUCCCAUUGUUCUCAGCCUCCACCACUGGAGGGGCAGGAAAGUGAGGGGAAUAGUAAGCAGGAAAAUGAAGAGGAUGCCGUAGAUGUGGAACUGGACCUCGGCCUGAGCUUUGCAUUAGAUUUGGAUGUAACCGAGAGUACUCAGAGCAGUGAGGAGGGGUCGCUGCUUUCACUGCAGGAGAUGAUGAAGCAUGCUACCAAGCUUCCAGAUACGCCAGAGAAGGGAGCUCUCUUAGAGCCGAGUACACCUGGACACCACAGAAGCAAGUUAAAAUCCCAAUUACCAUCCUCCACUAAGCCAGGUUUCUACAAAAACAAUCUUGAUCAAAUGCUGAAGGAAAUAAACACCAAUAAAAAAGCUAAAGAGAUUGAGGUACAGCUCCUGACUGCAUGUCAAGAGGACCUGUUGAGAAUAGCUGAAUAUGAGACAGAAGAGAAACGGGAGGAGGGCAUCUCCACUGAACAACAGGAAUUUCUGCAGCGCUACUCACUGACGUCCAGUGCAAUCAGGGAUGUUCCCCCUGGAGAAACAGUGUUCAACGUGGAGAAAUUUGGUCAGAUUUUCAACCAGGACACACUGCAGCUCCGACAAUGCAUGGUCACCGCGCAGGGGACAGCAAAGUACACUCUUCUCUGGUCCAGUCCUGCUCAACUGAGAUUGCAUGUGAUGAUUGGAUUGUUCCAAGAAGCUUACAACUGUUCCUCGCCCUGUCCAGCUCAGAUUACCCGUUUCCUGUUCAAGAUGAUGUCAGUCCAUAGCGAGAGGCUGGUAUCCAAAAAGAUAUUACAGGCCCUCUGUGACAUCGCCUGCACUGCUGUUAAUCAGAUAGUGAAAAAUGGAAGCCAGCAGUUUAAACUGUGGGUUCCAAGUUUGGCUGAUGUGACGCUGGUCCUAAUGAAUAUGGGAGUUGCUUUUGUGACUCUCUUCCCAUUCGAGAAUCUGCAACCUCCAUUUACAGAAGGAGAUUUGCUGGAGGACAUUUCUAUCCAAUGUGACAUUGCUUCCAGCGACAAGGAACGAGGAACUGUCCCCGAGCACAACUACAACAACAUCUUGAAGUACUUGUCUUUCUGUAUGGGCCUGAAUCCACGGGCGUACAGCGACGACGAGCUGCUGCUGUUGCUUACUGUGGUGGGAAAGGUCUGCCUCGACACGCAGCUCAUCCUCCAGUCCAGUGUGGAGCUGUUUUCUCUACAGUAUAAAAUUGUCAACAACAUCAGGGACUGGGACACUAUGCUGCCCAGAAUCUGUCAGGCCCUUACUGAUCUGACUAAGGACCACCACAACAUGUGCCUGCUCGUCCAACUGCUGCCUGACAACACACGUGGAAAGCAGCUGCGUCAACAUCUGAGCCUGUCUAUGAUCUCUAAGCUGUUGGGUGGAAAACGCACUUCCAGACCUAAACAAAAAGACUUUCAGCUCUCCAUGCUGAGGCCAUACCUUCGCUCUAUGCAACCAUCCGCCAUUUUCCGAAGAAUGCUGAGCUCCUCCAGCAUUACUCAGAAUGAAAAGGUGGACAAGGUCACACUUGACCAACAGUCCUACUACCUCUGCUUUAGCCUUCUGACAUUGACAAGUGAAGCCUCCAACUUUCAGUUCUUCCCAGCCAAUCAGAAGGGGCAGCUCCUCGCUCUGUGCUCUGAGCUUGAAACGCAUAUUAAGAGUGACAUCAGAGAGAGCGAGAAAUGUCUUUACCGGAGCAAAGUAAAGGAUCUAGUGGCCAGGAUCUACACCAAGUGGCAGAUGGUGCUUCAGAAGAUCAGGCCUCUCCAUGGCAAGCUGUAUGACUACUGGCAACCUCCGUCUGUGGAUACAUUGGUCUGUAGACAAGAAGAGCCGAGUGGUGAUGGAGAAGGAGUCGUGAUUUUGGAGAAUAAACAAGUGGAGGAAACCAACCGAGCUGAAGAGAGUGAGGCCGAACUGAUUGCUGAGGAGGAUGAGGCCAUACUGAUCGCUGAGGAGGAACAGAACAUGGAACUGGGUGAAACUCAUGGAGGAGCUGAAGGACUCAAGCGCAUGGAGAAAAAAAAUGAAACAAAAGAUGCAAUAGGACCCGUUCCUGGGGAGCUGAACCAAGAGGUAGAAGAUGACACUCUGGUUCAUACAAGACAAACUUCUGACUAUAACCUGGUACCAGCUUGUGAUAAAGUCUAGAAGUUAUUUUAAAAUUGUCCAGGCUUUAAUAGCUAUUUUCUUAACAAUAUGCUAAAUUUGCACUAGUACCUUUCGUCUGUUCCUCUGUUUAGUGUGAUUGUUGGUAAAAAACAUUUAUUGUAUAUUUUUGAAGUAAAUAUUUUUAAGAGAGCUCACAAUGUUUCAUCUGCAUUUGGCAAAUGCUGCACAAUACAAUUUGUUUUUUUUACAAUUGAUGUAUGUUUUUGUUAAUUAAUUCAUUACAGUGCUGCUGUUUUCAGAUAUUUAGCUGUAUAAAUUAAUGUGUGUGUGUGGGGGGGGGGGGGGUGAAUGCUUACAACAACAUGUGUUUCUUCAGAGAAACCCUGUUUUCCUCCAGCAUUGUUCAUUUGAUACAAUUACGUAAUGCCUCAAAAACAGUGUAUGUAUGAGUGUCCAUGUUUGUGUCUCCCAGUCUGAGUAAGUUCCUGAAGUUACUCUGUGCUGGAAAUCAGCUGGAAACCAAAAAUAUUUACAAUGCAAUGAAAAAACUUUCAUGUUUCUGUUGUUACAAAGUCUGUGAUGUUCAACACUGGCCUGUUACAGUUAUUUGUGGAGUUUUCAAAAUCUUCUUGACCAAGUAGUCCUUUGACUUAAAAACAGCAGCUAGUGAGGUUCUCAGGUGUUAUUGUUUUGUCACCUCCAGUAAUUGUCAGAAAGCUGCAGUUGGCCUUAUUAGCAGCAGGUCAUAAUUGUAAAAACAGACAUUUUUAAUAACAUUAAUGACCAUUUUUCUGUAACUAUGACCAUGACUAACUUCAUUUACACUUUGUAUAGUUGACAAAUUUACUCUGUCAUUUAUUUUCAUACACAUUUUGUUGAAUUAUUUUCAUGUUUACUGUGUUGAGUGUGUGUGCAUGUUGAUUUUUUUAUUGAUUCAAAAUAUUUUUAUAUCUUUUGCCAAAUGAAGAAAAUAAAGUUUAUUUACAUGUA